CCUCUCCUCCUCCUCCUCCCUCCUCCUCAUUCCCUCUCGCAACUCGGCCACGCUCGGAGCGCCACGCACGGCGCUCUGCACAGAGUCAUGCUCGCGGCGAUGCAGGUGACCUAGGGAGGAGGAGGAGGAGGAGGUGGUGGUGGAGGAGGAGGCGCAGGGCUUGUGGGGAAGGGAACGAGGCGGAUCAGUGCCCCUUGGCCGGGACCCUUCUUCCCUCAGUCGGGGAAGCGGUCAACCAGCAACAACAUCAUCAUCAGCAGCAGCAACAGCAGCAGCAGCAAGAACAUCAUCAUCAGCAGCCCAGCGAGGCGGUGUCCCGUGUUGGCACAUCAGCCCGCGAGGACAGGGGCGAGCGACCGGGAUGGAGCAGCUCCGCGUGCCGCCGCUGCCGCCGCUGCUCCUGCUGAGUGUCGCCUGCUGCUGCUGCUCCUUCUCUCUGGGAUUCGCCGCUCUCGGCACGUUCCGGCAGGUCCCGCAGGACGUGACGGCGCGCGAAGGCGAAGACGUGGAGAUGUCGUGCGCUUUCCACGGCGGCGGAGCGCCCGCCUACUCGCUCGAGAUCCAGUGGUGGUUCGUGAAGGGCGAGACGCGGGAGGCGGCCAGGGGAGUGGCUCUGGACGACGGAGGACCCCGCAGACAGAUGGUGAUGAAGGAAGAAGGCACAAAGAUCAGUGUGGUGAGGGUCCUCGGCAGCGACAUCUCGAACCGCCUGCGCCUGACGUCGGUGCGUCGCGGCGACGAGGGCGCGUACGAGUGCCGCGUCACGGACUACCGCCCGCGACCACCGCAGGAGCACACGGCCCGCGCCUGGCUGCGCGUCACGCCACGGCCCGAGGACAUGCAGGCCGCUCAGGCCCAGCCCAUCGUCCGCAACGACACCUCCUCAUCCUCCUCGUCGUCCGCCUCCUCCUCCUCGUCGUCGUCCACAUCCUCGUCCGCACGCAAAGCCGCAAAGGAGGAGGCCGAGAAGAAAGGAGAGGAGGAAGAGGAGCAGAAGAAGAAGAAGAAGCAGCGGGCGGCCGGUGCUGGCACAAAGACGAUGGCCGGCCACCUCCUGCCGUGGAUCUUCCUGGCUGCUCAGCUUCUGUGCGCCGUUAACCCCGCGCGCUAGACCGACGCGACAACGCGGCGUGCGCAGCGGCGCGCGUGCCAACGUGGGCGGGGCGCGUGGGUAACUUAAACCAGAUAUGUAAUGUGUAUAUACACAGUGGCGUGUACAUAUAGUCGAACAAAUGAUGCAUUUAUUUACGAAGGAGCGACUUUGUGCGGGUUGGCAGACGUUCAACAUACUUACCACGCGUGCUUGUUGAUCUUUUUAUAUAUAUAAUGUAUACACGAUCUGGAAAACACCAGAGGUAACGAUAAGGGGACGUGUUAGCGCGUAAUAGUGAAUGUUAGGAAACGUCGUAGUGUAAAAAGUGCAAGCGUAGGGAUUUCCUGGUUAGGCAGCAUCUUAGAGACACAAACACAGUCACCGCCUGUGCUCCCUGGGCCUGGAUCAGCGUGGCCCUUGGGACACCCACCCACCACGGCUGUCACAAGUGGUCACCUGCCUUGGCUUCAUUACCUCAAUAAGGGAUAUUGUUUUUUUUGCAUUCCUCUGCUGCUCCGGAACCUACCGCUUAAUGGAUUCGAGCCAAUUUGGCUUGCAGAGGAGAGGGUCAUUGGCAGACACAUUGUCACCUGCCCCGCAGAGAAACAAAAUAUUUUCCUCCAUCAAUUCUGCCGCUGAGGUUGCGGGAAGGAAAAGAUAAUUGGAGGGCAUUUUUUUUACGGCGCUUUGUUACGCCGGGAUCGGAGAGCUUGCACCGGCACUGCUAGGCCCCGGAGUUAAACUGUCAGGUGCGCGGAGAGGUAAGCAGUGGGAAUGGUACCCACGUGGGAAAGCCGGUGAUGGAUCACUUGAGCUUUUUUACAGAUCCGAACUCAGUCUUUGCGGACACCCCUGGUCAACGGUAGCGCGGGCACGGCCACAACGGUGCGUCCUAAGGGCCGCGCGGUGGUGUCAGCUCAGCAGUGUCGGAAUUUUUUGUUGCAUUAAACGAGAGAGCGAUCGACAGGAGGUGACAACAACCAUGAGCGAAACACGAGUGGACAGCCUCAGCUUGUUAUUCAAUGGCGCCGUUCUAAUUUAAUUUCAUGAUUCAUUCAGAAAAAAAUGAGGAGCAUCUCAAAAUGAAUGGAUGCUGCCGCGGUGUAAUGAUUAUCACGCUAGCCUUGCGGAUCCACGGGUCACCGGUUUGAUCUCUGAGCACGGCAGUUGAAACAAUGAUGCAGUUUUCUUAAAUACCGCCCGUCUCUCUCCGCCCAGCAGUAUAAUUGGGGAAACCGCUUAGUGGGUGGGCUGGGUGUGCGUGGUAACGGGGCUACUCCUACCUCUUCCAAGAUGAAUGUCCAUGGAAGAAUGGGACAAAUACACUCCCUAGAGAGGCUCCAUGUACGUACGUACGUUGAACUUCUUUCACACCUUACAUAGCCAAUCGCGCUAAUCAGAGGUGCAGGAGGAUGGACAACAAUCUGAACACAAAAAGCAGUUUUAAAUAAAUGAGUUUUCAAUCUUGAUUUAAAAGUGCAUAGCUCCAGUGGCUUCCUAAUAUGGGGAUGAAGAGCGUUCCAGACGGCCGCAGAAACGCAUCUGAACGCAUGCGCGAUGCAGUGACCGUCUUUGUUCGAUGGCCAGCCCUCAAUAGUAACUCCCUCGUGUUGGAGGCCCUAUAUGCCAGCGGUAGAGUGAGUAGACAAUUGCAGGGCUGCACCCUAUGCCACUCUUACUCCUGAAGAUCGAUGUGAAUGUUAUUAAGGAAUGCAUUUAUGACAUAUUUAUUUCGGUCGGAUUUCAUUUUUUUUUGUAAAUUCUUGAGUCGGUUCUUGGGAUUAACGGUGGCACCGCGAGCUGACAAGGAUGGAGAGAGAGAGUGAGUGAUGCGGUUGUCUGACCACGCUCGUCGCUGCGAAGAGCCCCACGGCAUCGUGUGUGAUCUUGAAUGUGUUUUUUUGUUGAUGUGCACAACAAUGCUUGCGCUCAUACUGUACACUACACAACUGUAGAUAAGAAUCACUGACAAUUCAAUAACGUAUAAUAGUUAUUAAACGACUAGUAACAUGUUUGCAGCGUAUGCAGUGUACACGGUAAGACGUUUUACCUGGAUGAACAGUAAAUUCUCACCAAUUUAAUUUGGGUCACUGCGAUUGAAUCCGUUGCAAUGUAAAAGCUCCACGACUGCGUUUGCUUUUGGGAUAUUUUUGUGUUCUGUGUUUUGAAAUCGGGUUUUACUUUCUUCCUGUUACGUCAUCUUAUUUACUGGGUUUCCAGAUCUCCAUUUACAUAUAUGUGCCAUUUAUAAAUGUGCCAUUAAUUUAUAGAAUGCAUAAAAAAACGUAAAUGGUAUUCCAAAAAACGUAAAACCUACUCCAUAUCAUUUUUUGCACAUGAUGUAUGUUGGGCAGCAUACAUUUACAUUUUUAAACGAAUCACACGUGACGGAUUGUAUGUCUCGGUUGCAGCCGGGCCUCGCUCAGAUCUCGGGCUGGGCUUUUCCCUCCAAAUUUAGAAUCAACGUGCGUUUAGAUUAUUUUGAGUAUUUGUCUACUAUAAAUGCCCACACGAUAAGCCACUUCGUUGAGUUAUUAUUUGUGGCCAGGCCGCCUAUUAAAAAGAAGCUAAUAGCUCAGUGGGCUUUACCUUGUUAAAAUAAAAAUAGUUAAUUAAUUAUUUACUUACCUUUCCUAUACUUUGCACUCCUUUCGUGUUUGUAUAUUGGUUGUUGUUGUUGUAACUUUCUGACCCCGUGCCCCUACUGGACAUUUGUGAAAAAUAGAUUUUUAGCUCAUCGCAUUCCUCCAAUAGAAAUAAAGAUUCUGAUUCUGUAAAACAAUUAAUUGAUCACAGCACACGUCAGUUACGGCCGUUUCAGAAAAACACAUUUUUGUUGGUAAACUGUGGUGUCAUCUGGUCCAACACCACAUGAGACUAGGCUCUAAGGAAAGCUGUCUCGGGUGUGGACCAAUCAAUUUCAAGGACAAUGCAUAACAUUAAUGCAUACAUUAUCAGAGUUAUGUUUUUUGUUUGCAUUCCGACUGCAGGUAUUGUGGUCAAUGCAAACAUGACUCUUUGUAAAAAAAGGUGUCAGUUUUGUUGCCAGAUAAAAGGGUAAAAAAACAAUUAUCAAACCGUAAUUUAUUAGACUUAUAUGAAUGCAUUUUGAUUCAAAUAAUGAUUUUAAAAAAUUAUUGUCACAAUGACUUGUUUUGAAAGUGCACCCUACAUGUCCCGGGGCGUUUCAGAGUUGCUUUACAAACGACAAGCAACUUACAUCCCAUCUCAUCUCAACGCAUUUUAAAGGGCACUUCCAGUGGCAGCUUGCCCUUCCUGGACAUGAUGUGACUCUGCACCUGUUUCUGCGAGUGAGGGGGCAUUAGUCCGUCAACAGGCGGGCGAUGAUUGCUACGAGUUGUAGCAAUUUAGUUUAUUGUCUCCCGAUGUGAUUAUUUGGAUUGUACCGCGUGUUUUUUUUCCCUGCACAAAGUUCCGACGUUUCGCUCCACGCGCUGGACGCUUCUUCAGGAACUGAUUUGGCGUUGCACUGAAGAAACGCGCGCACAGAGCGUAAUCUAGUUCCUGAAGAAGACUCUUGGCACGUAUAAACGGUGGCAAGAUGUUAACUACCUCGUCUAGUAUACAGUAGGCAUGGGUUCGAUCCCGACCUUGACGCCUGUAUAUUGGGAGUUUGCAUGUUCUCCCCGUAGUCGCGUGGAUUUUCUCCAGGUCUUCCGGGUUUUCUCUCCACAUUUACAAUCAAUAUCAUGCGUUUAAGAGUAUUUGGCUGCUAUAAAUUCCCAGGUGACAAGCCACUUUGUUGAGUUGUCAUUUGUGGCCAGGUCGCUUCUGAAAAGGAGCUAAGUAGCUCAGUGGGCCUUACCUGGUGAAAUCAAAAAUAGUUUUUUUUUUCGAUUUAAAGCUUUCGUGACUGCAGGGAUUCAUCUUCUUGGUUCUUUCGGUAAAGUCACAGAGAAGGGAAGUAAUACAAUAAUAAAAAUAAAACAUAAUAAAAUAAUUCUCACGACGUUUCGGCCACAACGCAAGCAGCCGUCCUCAGGUGAAACCAGGUCUGUCGAGGCAGCGUCUGAAUUUACCAAAAGAACCAAGAAGAUAGUUUUUUUUUGUAAAUCGUGCCGAAUAACACGCUGUACAACCCAAAACACGUUGCAGAGCUCGACAACACAACCAUAAAACAAAAGGAGCGAGUUAUUCCUAUUCAUAUUGGAAACCCAGUGAAUGACAAUACAGUACUGUUGUCAGUGGUACAUUUCACAUUGUUGCUAGGGUUGGCUUAUUUGAUAACAUCUUUGACUUGCAUCGCAGCAUCCAAAGGCUUCUUCGAGUGUGGUUGUUUUCUUUAUGUCUUCACCGUGUGAGAUUACAAACAGUAUUUAAAAUGCACAAACUUGCGCAUUUUGUACAGGUCGUUCGUUGUGCGCGCUUGCAAUAAAAUUUCCAUAAAA